AUGGAUAACUGGAGGGUUAAACUCGGGGUGUCUACUCUUGAAACCAUUCCCACUGCUCGGCUCACGGUGACAACUAUCACUGUAGCUUUUCUGGCAUACGGCGCAUGGAUAGUAGUCUACAACCUUUACUUCAGCCCUCUAUCAAAAUUCCCAGGCCCCAAACUCGCAGCAUUCACCAAUAUCCCCAGUCUAUACUGGACAACAACAGGACAAAACCAAUACAAACUAAAACACCUCCACGACAAAUAUGGAGACGUCGUCAGAAUAGGCCCUAAAUCUCUCGUCUACCGAAGCCCCCAAGCAUGGAAAGACAUCUACGGCCAUCGCAAAUCAGGCGAAGGGUCCUUCCUCAAGGAUCCCAAAUUCUACAUCCGAGGACCGAACGGACCUAAUCUCCUCAACGCCGACGAAGCCGACCACGCAAGGGGCAGACGACUCCUCUCCCACGCCUUCUCUGAAAGAGCCCUGCGAGACCAGGAGGGUCUUAUCCAGUCCUAUGUGGAUUUACUAGUUGAGCGAUUGAACGGGGAAAUCACCGCUUCGAGAGAAACGGUCGAUAUGACCCAGUGGUAUAACUUCACCACAUUCGAUAUCAUCGGCGAUCUAGCCUUCGGUGAGCCAUUUGACUGUCUCCGCAGAAGUCAGUAUCAUCCGUGGGUGAAGAUGGUCUUUGUAAGUACCAAGGUAGCAGCUUUGAUGCGACCGUUGGUGGUAUAUCCCUUCCUGGCUCCGAUCGUGAGGAGAAUACUACCGAAGAGACUGGCUAAAAUGCGCGAGGCACAUUUUGCAUUAAGUGCAGAGAAGGUCCACCGCCGAUUAGAGACGGAGACUGAACGACCUGAUUUCAUGACUUAUGUCCUUCGGUUCAAUGAUGAUCGGGCCAUGACGGCUCAUGAGAUGGAAAGUAAUGCGGCGCUUUUGAUUCUCGCUGGAAGUGAAACCACUGCGACGCUGCUUUCGGGCUUUACAUACUAUAGCCUCAGGAACCCUGCAACCUACAAGAAACUGGUAAACGAAGUUCGGGGGUCCUUUUCAUCUUACGGGGAGAUUGAUUUCCAGAGUGCCAGUCAAUUGAGCUACUUGAAUGCCGCACUGGAGGAAACUCUCCGAAUUUACCCUCCUGUUCCAGCCAUGACUCCACGAGUCGUACCAAAGGGAGGUGCAGUGGUUGAUGGCAACUUCAUACCAGAGGGAAUUUCCGUGUCUGGACAUCAUUAUUCAACUUACCAUGCCGAGUCUCAUUUCGCUGAAGCAGACUCGUACAUUCCUGAGCGAUGGCUCGAGAGUCGAGAGAAGCGGUUCGAGAAUGAUGAUCGGUCGAUACUUCAUGCGUUCUCACUCGGACCACGGAAUUGUCUUGGCAGGAAUCUUGCCUAUGCCGAGAUGCGGGUCAUUGCAGCCAAGCUUCUGUGGAGUUUUGAUAUGAGCUUGGAAGAAAGCUCGGCGGGUUGGGAUAUUCAGAAAUCAUUCAACGUCUGGGAAAAGAUGCCACUCAUGGUGAAGGUAUCACCAGCGCAGCAUUGA